UUGUGGUUUUGGUGAGGAUGUGUGCAUCAUCCUGCACUCGUGCAGGCUGUCUGCUCCUGUCCCCGUGCCUGCUGAGAGACCUGGGCUUUGUCUUUGGCUAAAUCCAGGUGCUGAAAUGCAUUUUCCUGGGUGUGGCAGUGGUUAUGUACAACUUGAUACAUGCUGCUUUUUAGCUUUUAGCAUUCCCACAUGAAAAGACUUCCUGAAAGCUUAAAUGAAUUGGUUCUGAAAUACUCCAAGUGUGGAAAUGUUGUCUGCAUAAGAAAAACAAUGAGACAAAAGUAAAUCAUGGUGAAAAGAAUAACACCACAGAAAGCUUUGGAGUAUAUUGUAUUAAUGGACAAUUUAGCCUUAGUAGCAGCUUUGCACAGAUCAGUUCAGUAGAUGAAACAAAUUUAAAUCCCUUGAGUCCUCACUAAUUACACCACAAUGAGUAACUAUAGAAAUGUCAAUGCAAAAUGUGGUCCUAACACCACAACGCUACUGAGCUGUGUUUUGUACACAAAUUGAGACAUUUGCAUUUAUGGCUUUCAAAACAACUGUAGCAGGGCCCCUUCCUGAAAGAAUGUAAUGGUUUUUGUAUGCAACAUCUCUUUGGUCCUCCUGGGAUCUUGACUGCUCUGUCUCUCUCUGCAAACUGAGAUUUUAAUUCAGGAAGCCUGUGGGAAAGGUGCACUUUAAGGUGCUUGUUCCUGCCACCUUGCUCUUUUGGGCACUCUUGCACCAUUCCUGCCAGUGAAAGGGCUCAUUGACUUGAAUAAGGGUGCAGGAUCCAACCCUGAGUAAUUAAAAAAAAAAAAAAAGCUGUGCUGGACAGGUGCAUUUGACUUUUGUGUUGAUCUAUAUAUAUUGACUUGUUUGAGAAAGGAAUCAUCUGUGAUGGUCAUGACUGACAAAAGUUAAACUGAAGUAAACUGUUGCGAAGGAAAUGAAAACUGACAUUAUGUCACUUACUUGUUUAUAUAACAAAAAAAAAAAGAUUGUGCAUACUAAGAGUUGGACUUGGAAAGGAUGUGUUGAGGUGAUGAAUUAAAUUUUGUUUCAUUGUUUCUUUUUUGCGCAUCCAGGAUGAAUGAAGCAGGGAACAACUGAAAUUUAUUUUGCUCAGAGGCAGGGAUCAUUUUCUGAUAGCACUAGCUUAUUGCAGUCUUGCAUUCCUGUUUGACUCCCUUCUGUCUUCAUCACCCUCCACCUCUUCAGUUCCUUCUGUGUCUUUUAGAUCUCUUGCAGGCUGGUACCAAGUUUGACUGAUUCUUUUGUGCAAAAUUCAUUCUGACCUAGGUUCCUGUGGACUGUGAUCAAGUUACCUCUUUAUGUUUACCUGAGAAAGAAUUAAUACCUGCAUUGUUCUCUAGUGAAAACAAGUGAAGCUUGUUUCCUGCUUUUUCAUUUUUAAAAAGGUCCCAUUUUAUGCUUUUCCCCAGCUGUGUUUGAGGAGAUCUGUGGGGCUGGCAGAUGUAAUGCUGCCUUGUUUUGUGCUGUAGCAGCUUUCAGUGCUCAUGUCCCUGCCAAGAGCCAUCGGUGUUGCAGUGCUGAGUGACAGUAACUCUGUGAAGCUGAAAAGUGAUCAUUCACCUCCUGUGCAAUGGUGUAAGGUGGCUGCACAUGAAGAUGAGAAGACCAAGCUGGUUUUUAAAAGAAUUCUUGCACUGUUUGUGGUUGGAGGGUGCUUCCUUUAUAUCCUCAAAUUACAUCUUGACCCUGAGGAAUGUGACAGAACAAAAAUGCCAUAUGUGGACCUCAAUCGUAGGGCACAGCAAUUUGCCAGCGCUGUGCUGCAGGAGCAGUGCCGACCUUCUCAUGCAAAGAAUGAGAUGAAGAAGUUGUUAGCAGAGAAAUACAGCAUGGACAUCUCUCCCUUUGUAAGGAAAAAUAUGAAUGAAGAUGAAGCUUUAUUUAAAUAUGAACCUCCUUUUGGAUUUCACAAGUUCUCUGAUAAACUUAAAGAUCUCCUUGAACUCUUACCUGAGCAUGAUUUACCAGAAGAUUUGAAGUCAAAGCCCUGUAAGCGCUGUGUUGUUGUUGGCAGUGGUGGAAUUCUUCAUGGAUCAGAGCUGGGUCACUUACUGAAUCAGUUUGAUAUUGUUAUAAGGUUAAAUGAUGCACCAGUGCAAGGCUACACGGAUCACGUUGGUAACAAAACAACAAUACGCAUGACUUACCCCGAGGGAGCCCCCCUUUCUGAGCACGAGUAUCCUCCUGCAAGCUUGUUUGUGGCUGUCCUGUUUAAAGGAGUUGAUUUCAACUGGCUUCAAGCCAUGGUAAAAAAUGAAACCUUGCCUCUGUUAAUGCCACUCUUCUUCUGGAAGGGGGUUGCUGAGAAAAUUCCUUUGACACCAAAGCAGUUUCGGAUUCUGAAUCCAGUCAUUAUCAAAGAGACAGCUUUGGACAUUUUAGAGUUCCCUGAGCCUCGAUCAAAAUUCUGGGGUUGGGAUAAGAAUGUACCUACAAUUGGGGUCACAGCAGUUGUUCUGGCCACACAUCUUUGUGAUGAAGUGAGCUUAGCAGGAUUUGGAUAUAACCUGGAUCAGCCCAGCACACCUUUGCACUAUUACGACAACCUCUGCAUGGCUGCCAUGAAAGAACAAACUAUGCACAAUGUGACAAGUGAAACAAAAUUCCUACAAAAACUGAUCAAAGAAAAAGUUGUCAAAGACCUCACUGGAGGGAUACACUGUGAAUUCUGCAGCAAAGACAGCUAGUGACCUUCUUGCAGCAUGGAUAGGAUUUGUUACAUUUCCAGAGGUUCAGCUGGAUCAACCCUUUCCUUCUCUUCAGUUCUUUAAAGUGUACAUGAAAUGGACAUGGGAUCCCUGCUGCCUUUUUUAAUGUCCCGUUCAAGUUGUCAGACUUUAAAAUUAAUUUUCCUGUGAGAAUUUACUUUGCACAUUUCUGUGAAUAGCUGUGUAAAUAUCUUGUCAAUUCAACUUAGAGUUGAAAGACAUCCAUUUAAAGUAUUUAAUAUUUUAAGUUGUCAAAAAAAAGCAGUUUUUGUUUUCAAAUGUAUAUGGAACACACGUGGCUGGCCUGAAUUGUCUAACAGAAUGUGCAAGAGUUAUUUUUCCCUGAUCUGCUGUCUGUGUUGAUCCAGUUCUUGGUAUCAUGACUCCUUUUCAUGCAUGCCAUGAAAAGAAAGGCAUAUGCUUCUCAAGUCUUGCAUGUCUUGAACUUGAGCAUUGCAUUUACUCCUCAAAUAUUUAUAUUCUUUUGCUAAUACCUUUUUGGGGUGGUGAAGGACAAAUGUAGGAGUGGAGUUGAAGGAAAAAGAAUUGUUGUGGCAACAACGGAGUAGUAAGUACUUUGAUGUUCAUGAUUGAUAUUAAAACCAUUGAUGUAUUAAUGUUUUGGGUUAGAAUCCUGCUUUGUGAAGCACGUUUGGGCCCAGGGCACUCUAGAAGAGGAUUUAGCCAGGAGGAGGCUUUAACCCAAACCAGAUCAUUUGUCAUUUCCAUUCCUGAAGAUCUGCCUAAAUGUUUCUAACUAGAUGAUUUGCAGCAGAGUUCAGCUACCCCAAUUAAAGAAGUGGCAUUAAUACAAAAUCUGCCCCUUUUUUAAAAUUUAUUUUUUGAAUGACUUGAGAAUUGCUGGUUCUAUAAAACACUAGUUUGUAUCACUCAUUUAGCAAUUCUAAAAUCUAUUACUAGAUUACAAUUUCCACUGGUUAAUUUUAUGAUCCUUAAGUAAUUAAUUAUAGAUAUUGUCACCUUAAUAGUUUGCAAUGCUGAUAACCUUUGUGAAGUCCAGACUUGACUAAUUGGAGAGGUAGAAUUGUUGGUUUUCCCCAAGUCAGUAAUUGGGUGAGUGUAUAAGUUAAGAAGAAAAUCACUUUAAGAAAGUAGCAUAAUCGAGUAACAAGGUAGAUAACUGCUGAAAACAGCAAAUUUAAAAAAACAAAAAUAGGAAAGAAAGCUAUAGAUGUAUAUUCUUGGGGGUGGAAAUCAGUGCACUGCAAAGGCACUGGGCUGUGCAGAUCUGUGAGCAAGUUUUUGUGUUUAUAUUUUUGUUAUUAGUAAGAGUAUCAGGUUUGACUGUUUGCACUGAGGAGUGGUGUUACUCAAUCUACAGCAUAAGAAAAAGCUUCCUUUGGCAGUGGAAGCUUGUCAGUAAAUCAAUCAAAGGUUGGCCUAGAAACAUUGCUAUUAGUCAUGGACUCUUCCCCUGGUGAAUGCUCCCACUUUUCUUUGUUAUGGAUGAAGAGAUUAAUGAAGUUGUAGUUCUAAAUUUUAAAAACACUCAUGUGGAAAUGCAAGAUUAGGGUGGUUGUGUUUUGGGGUUUUCUUCACUGGAGAGCAGAUCUGAUGAAUGAUAAUGUUAGAAUGCAGGAGCUCACUGAUGCUCACUGCUGUACUGAGAGGCAACAAAAGGACAUCAGAUCAUAAAGCAUAACUGAAGAAAGUUGUGGACCUCAUCUUUCCUAAGUCCCACAUGUCUAUAGGUCCUUCAAAGCCAGUUGUGGGGGCUGAACAAAUUAGAAAAUCAGGAAUUCUUGCUUCUGGCACUAUCUGUGUUGAUAGCAAUAAUAUUAAUGUAGCCUCCUCUUCCAUGAAAAGCAUUAAUUUUUAUACUAGCAAUAAAUUUUUAGUUUGUUUUUUUUUAAUGUAUAUUAUUUAAUUUAAAAAUAUUUCAUGUGUGAAGAGUUUUAUACAAAUAGUCCUUUAGUUAAUAUAUUAAAAUGCAGUAACUGUUUUCUCCUGGUAUUUGAACUGGAAGCAGAUUACAUUAAUGAAAUUUUGGAGGAUUUCAGAAUGUGUGUGUUGGGAGGAUGUCUUGAAUACACCAGAAGUCUGUAUGUCUGAGCACGUGGUCCCUCACCACUUUGUUUUGUUCAGCAAGUUAAAAAUAAUCAGUUGAUUAAUGUAAAUGCCAAUAGCUUUUUGGAGAUGCUGUAUUUACUGUCAAAUUUGCAAAUUGUGUGGAUGUAGGAUUAGAGUGCCUACCUGUUUUAUGGCUUGUGAUAAAACCUUGUUCUCCAUGGUAGUCUGUGCAGACUCAACACUCCAUGAAAUGGCAGCAAAAGGCAAUAAACUGAUGAAACCACUUUCUAUUUA